AUGUAUCCGGAAGACAGUAUUAUGUGUUGUCUUUUUCCAAAUAGCUGUAAUAUGUUUCCCCGAACGCUGCUAAUGACAUUUUUGGAUACAUCUGGAUUAUCUUCUAAUCCGUGGCAGUCAAUAUGGUUAUAUGUAUACAUGAUCAUUAUCAUAAUAUGUUUCUUGAAAUAUGUUGGUAAAUUAAUUGUACAAAAAGACUCUUCCGAAGAAAAUUGUAUACAGGAACUGUUGCUUCAGAAAGAAGUGAUAAUGGAAUGUAUUGACAACAAAUUCAUUUCCGAUAAAAAUAAUUCUGAAUGCAAUGAGGUAAUGGCAGUAUCAAAAGUAGGCCAGGGUGAACCUGAACCAGUGGAAUGUCCAGUAAAUUCUUUAAAGAAUAAACCAAUACCAUGUGCAUUGGAAAAAGUGAGUAACAGGUUCUAA